UCAUCCUCUGCUUCUUCUUCUUCUUCAUCCUCUGCUUCCUCUUCUUCUUCAUCCUCUGCUUCCUCUUCUUCUUCAUCCUCUGCUUCUUCUUCUUCUUCAUCCUCUGCUUCUUCUUCUUCUUCAUCCUCUGCUUCUUCUUCUUCAUCCUCUGCUUCUUCUUCUUCUUCAUCCUCUGCUUCUUCUUCUUCACCCUCUGCUUCUUCUUCUUCUUCUUCAUCCUCUUCUUCUUCUUCUUCAUCCUCUGCUUCUUCUUCUUCUUCAUCCUCUGCUUCUUCUUCUUCUUCAUCCUCUGCUUCUUCUUCUUCUUCAUCCUCUGCUUCUUCUUCUUCUUCACCCUCUGCUUCUUCUUCUUCUUCACCCUCUGCUUCUUCUUCUUCACCCUCUGCUUCUUCUUCAUCCUCUGCUUCUUCUUCAUCCUCUGCUUCUUCUUCAUCCUCUGCUUCUUCUUCUUCUUCAUCCUCUGCUUCUUCUUCAUCCUCUGCUUCUUCUUCUUCUUCAUCCUCUGCUUCUUCUUCAUCCUCUGCUUCUUCUUCUUCUUCUUCUUCAUCCUCUGCUUCUUCUUCUUCUUCAUCCUCUGCUUCUUCUUCUUCUUCAUCCUCUGCUUCUUCUUCUUCUUCAUCCUCUGCUUCUUCUUCUUCUUCAUCCUCUGCUUCUUCUUCUUCUUCAUCCUCUGCUUCUUCAUCUUCUUCAUCCUCUGCUUCUUCAUCUUCUUCACCCUCUGCUUCUUCUUCAUCUUCUUCACCCUCUGCUUCUUCUUCAUCUUCUUCACCCUCUGCUUCUUCAUCUUCUUCACCCUCUGCUUCUUCAUCUUCUUCACCCUCUGCUUCUUCUUCAUCCUCUGCUUCUUCUUCAUCCUCUGCUUCUUAUUCAUCCUCUGCUUCUUCUUCAUCCUCUGCUUCUUCUUCAUCCUCUGCUUCUUCUUCAUCCUCUGCUUCUUCU